AUGUCCCGGCGAAUGUCUGAGACGGCCUCGGUCAGGUCGUUCGAUAGCAUCCCCACCAUGGCCGACGUCGAAGCAACCCUCGGCUGUGUUGAUAUGAACCAGCGCUACGAACUCUACUCCGGUCGCCUCGUCUCCUUUGCAGAGGUCGGCCAUCCCUGCGGACACCCAGUCUUUUGCUUCUUGGGUCUGGGCUGUAUGCGAUACUACUCUAUUAUCCUCGAGGAUCUCGCCUUCAAGCACUCUCUCCGGAUCUACUGCAUCGACCGCCCUGGCGUAGGCAUGUCUCAAGCUGCCGAUCCAGAGUCGUGGACACCACUCAGGAUGGCAGAGAUCGUUGAAGAGAUGGCAAACGGAUUCAACAUUCAAAAGUUCUCGGUCAUGGGACACUCGUGCGGAGCCAUCUACGCCAUGGCAUGCGCCCUUAGACUCAAACCCAGGAUUGUCGGGACAGUGUGGUUAAUGUCGCCUUGGGUCCACCUGACUAUCGCCAAGCGGAUGAAGUGGAUCAAGCACAUGCCGACAACGCUCUUGAAAUCCCAGAGCACCGCCAGUCUUCUCUACAAAUCCCUCUCGGUCGCAGCCAAGGAGCCACCAUGCAAAUCGGAUCCAAAUAUCCUCAACUAUGAUCGCGAGAAAUUGGUCAAGGCGAUGUUGCAGGAUAAUCUGGCCGAGAGUCUGGAGGGCGCCAAUAACGAUUUGAUGGUCUGCCUGGAACUGUACCAUUCGUUUGGAUUCAGCUACAAGGAUGUCACUCUUCCUGUCCAUGUCUUUUGGGGAACCAAGGACGCAGUGAUUUCCAAGGAAGCAGUAGAUUGGAUGGAACAACGACUCCCACAGUGUACACUUAGUGUAAUCGAAGGCGGCACCCAUGGACUCCUCUGGAGGGCGGAUGUGGUCUCAAAGAUCUUCAAGGGCAUUGCUUCGUCAUGGAAGCUGGCAGAGUUUGAGCGGUCGCUCUCCCAGCGCUGGUCAAUCAAGCAGCUCGGGCUCAAUAAGCACCAGUCCUACAGGAGCAGCACCUACAGCGCCGUCCAGCAGGCUAUCCAGACCAGCAAUAUCUACGACACCCAACAGACACUUUACCAGACCCAACAGAUCUUUGAGGAUCCCGACCGCUUCUGA